AUGAAUCAUCUCGUAGAUUCGACGUGUACGCCGUUUUGGACAAUGCCAUGGUUAAACCAAUGUACCCAUUUCACGUAUUCAAAUGCCAAUACACGAAUCUUUGGUGAUAGCAGCCGUAGUAUUUGUGCAUUAGUUCGAGCCGGCCCUGUCAAUGCUGAUAACAUUGUUGUAUCAAUCGAUUCAUCAUCACCCGGAGACUGCAAUAGACACUUUGCAAUAGCCAUUGCAGAUGGUAGACAUGUGCACUUGUAUGGAAUGUGUGGGAAGUAUGAUAAUCCUAACAUUCCUAUUAAUCUGAUUACACUGUAUGAUGGAGCUUUCCAACAAAUAUGUGUUACUUACAAUAAUCAAAAUGCUAGGAUAUGUGUUCAUGUUGAUUUACAAUCACCACAUUGUUUUAUUCGAGAAAACGCCCGUUACAACACAGAUACAGGAGAUGUUCGAAUUGGUUGGUGGUCAGACCGCAACCGUCAAUUUUCUGCUACAGGCGGUGGAAUGAUUAAAUCGGUGUCAUUAUAUGACAGGUCGAUUUCACAACAGUGUAUCAGACAUCAGUUUGAGAUUAAUAUGUAA